AUGGAGGACGACUUUGGUGCCGACGAAGCCUUCCUCGCAGCCCUCGCAUCAUCGACCCAGGCCCCUUCAUACCCCCCCGUCCAGCCGCCUCGUCCUCGUGUCCAGCAACCGACUCCCCAAAAGGUCCAACAGCCGACACCACAACGUCUAGACAGAGCACCGCCAGCCAAUUCUUCUUCUAGCGGCAAGGUUGUUCAGCCGACGCCGCAGCCUCUUCCUCAGCGAGGAUCCGGUUCAGCCAUUCUCGUGUCUCCUCGCCAGAGGGGCAACCCGGUGCUUGCUUCUUUGAAGUCAAUGCCAUGGGAGUACAGCGAUAUUGCGGCUGACUACGGUCUCGGUCUGACAACGUGCGCGUUAUUUUUGAGUCUUAAGUACCACCGCCUCCACCCCGAAUACAUCUACACGAGAAUACGGAACCUGCAGGGAAAAUACAACCUGCGCAUCAUGCUAACCAUGGUUGACAUCCCCAACCACGAGGAGGUCUUGCGCGAGCUUUCCAAGACGUCAUUAGUCAACAAUGUCACUAUCAUUCUUUGUUGGUCGGCUGCCGAGGCCGCGCGCUACCUCGAACUAUACAAGUCGUACGAGCAUGCCAAUUUCAACGCCAUCCGCGGCCAACAAGCUUCGACAUACGCUGAGAAGCUUGUCGAGUUCGUUACUGUCCCGAGGAGCGUGAACAAGUCAGACGCCGUCGCCCUGGUCAGCAACUUUGGCAGCCUGAAAAACGCCAUUAACGCGGAUCCCGAACAGAUUGGAAUCAUUGCCGGAUGGGGAGCUGUCAAGGUCAACAAAUGGGCCAAAGCUGUCGAGGAGCCCUUCCGGGCCAAAACCUCUGCCAAACGGCAUUUGGAGCGAACAGAGAGCACCGAGGACGGAAGGCCAGCUCAGGUGUCGAGGUUGGACCAGGCUGUGCCUCUCAGCAGGGUCCCGCUGCGAGAAAUGGGGUCCAUGGGAGGAACACAACGAGCCUCCCCCGCCACUGUAAAGCCGGGAAGUAAGCAGGUACAGCGGCCGGUACAGCGGCCGGCGCAGCUGGAAAGGGGAAACCCGGACCUGGACGAAGAUGAUGAAGAAGCAAUGAUUGCCGCCGCCAUCGAAGAAUCGAUGCGGGCUUCUGAUGGGCAAACAAAUGCACGCACGCAGGAGCAGGCGGGGAAUGUUGACAACGGAGGCCCCGAGGGCGAAUCGCUUCCUGGCGGAGUUGCUGCCGCACUCGCCAAAUUGCGAAAACAGGGCUGA